AUAUCUCUACCGCUCGACUCACAUUCGAGAUAUUUCAAGGUGUGAUCGCUUAUCCCCGCCUCCCCGCGAUCUUUGGUGGCGGCGUACCUACUCCGUUUUACUCUACUCUAGGAAGUCUAGCUGGCUAGCUCUGAUUGUCUUCAGCAGAGUUGCUCGGGGCCCCACCCGCAAUUGUUCAGACCGACAACUUCCUAGAGACCAUAACACAGGACAAUUGACGCGAAAGUCCUGUAUCUAUAUGAUUUGAAUGGCCAAAUAACCAUUCCGAGAGCCUAUAUCAUAUUCUUCACUGAAGUGGGCACAACAUGACGAUCGCAAAGCUAAUCGAUAAACGCUUCCAUAAUAUUCCCGGCAAGCUUCGGGUCGCUGAGAUGUUCUUUGACGUCCCAGUGGAUUACAGCAAGCCUUCAGAGGGAACCAUUCGUCUCUUUGCGCGAAGCGUCAAGCGCCUGGUGACGCCUCCAGAACCGGAGAAAGAUGAAAAGCAGCUCCCAUGGUUCGUCUAUCUACAGGGUGGCCCCGGUUUUGGAUGUCGUCCACCGCAGGAAUACGGUUGGAUUGGAACUGUGCUCGAUAAGGGCUAUCAGCUACUGUUUCUGGACCAGCGCGGAACUGGCCUCAGUUCAACUAUUACCGCAAAGACCCUCACUCUUCAGGGCAACGCGGUGAAGCAAGCUGAGUAUCUUAGACAUUUCCGCGCGGAUAACAUUGUUCGCGACUGCGAAGCCCUUCGCAAGUUCCUGACGGCGGACUACCCGGAUGAGCAGAAGAAAUGGAGCGUUAUUGGACAGAGCUUUGGUGGCUUCUGCGCCGUGACCUACCUCUCGAAGCACCCAGAAGGAUUGAGGGAAGUCUUCACGACCGGUGGGCUACCGCCACUAGUCGAUGAGCCAGAUCCGGUUUACAAAUUAACCUACGAGAAGGUCCAGCAGAGGAACAAAGCGUAUUAUGCCAAGUAUCCUGAGGAUGCUGAAAGGGUGAAGGAGAUUCUUAAGUACCUGGAGGUGAAUGAUGUGCCUUUACCUUCUGGGCGUCUCACGGCUCGACGAUUUCAACAGCUGGGCAUUAUGUUUGGCAUGCACGGUGGGCUUGAUAGCAUUCACGAUAUUGUGCUGCGAGCCCAUAGUGAUCUGACGUUCUUCGGCUUCUUAACGCGCCCGACACUUUCCGUCAUCGACAGUUAUGGCUCUUUCGAUUCUAGCGUUCUAUAUGCCAUACUCCAUGAGGCUAUUUAUUGCCAAGGACGAGCAUCGAAUUGGUCUGCCGACAGACUCAUAUCAGACUUUCCCCCCUUCCGCAUUGACGAUGAGGCGCCGCAAGUCUUCUUCACCGGAGAGAUGAUAUACAAGGACAUGUUCGAAUCAUACGAUGAGUUGAAAAAGAUGAAGGACGUAGCAGAUAUCCUCGCAACAUACGAUGACUGGCCGGCUCUGUAUGAUGAGGAACAGCUGGCGAAGAACGAAGUCCCCGUGUAUUCAGCCACCUACGUGGACGACAUGUAUGUCCACUUUGACCUUGCAAGAUCCACUGCGUCGAGAAUCAAGGAGACAAAGCAGUUCAUCACAAAUACGAUGUAUCACGACGGACUGCGUAGCAAGUCUGAUGAACUUAUGCGAGAGCUUUUCUCCCUUAAGGAGGAUAGCAUCGACUAGGGGGAAGACAAGUCUGUGCGCCUUCUUAAGGAUUGACCUCGCUUGAAGAUAAU